GACGGUUUUACUCGGAGAGAGCGCGAGGAUAGGUCCGAUUUCCGUUAUAAAUCCGACUCUUCUUUCGUAGGACCGAAAUCUGAGUAGAGUUUGUUAUUAAAAAUAAUUCAAAAUCAUAUAAAAGCAAGAUGCCUCGCGGGUUCCUGGUGAAGCGGAGUAAACGCGCCUCGGCGGGCUCUUACCGGAUGCGACCUGACUGCGCGGAGAUGCAGAAAUCAGAGCCUCACGCGCCGAAGAGCGAACCUCCACGAGACCCGGUCAGAGCCCCGUGCACGGACGGCACAGCAGCACGCACUCUGCACGCGCAGCCACAGGAACCCUCUGCUCUCGCGCCCAGGCGAAGCAUCUUCCACAGCACUGUGAGUAAUAAAGGUGAAGAUGAUGAUGUUGAUGAUGGAGAUGGUGAUGAUGGUGAGGGGGAUCACGUCGCUGAGAAGGACUGCCACAGACCCGCGGUGCCCCUGAGCGCAGGAUUAAAGCGCUCCCCGUUCCCUCGGUGUCUGAGCUCACCGGCCGCGGCGGAAUCGUUCCCGGUCUCCUCAAUCGAGCGCCUCCUGCUUUCCAGUCAGGCGGACAUUAAGUUUACUUCGUGCCCCGCAUCCUUUCCGCACAACCUGAAGCCCGAGACCAAGAGCAAGCCGCCGGGGAGGAAACUGAAAGUAGCACGGAAGCUGACCUUUGAAGACGAGGUCACGACCUCACCGGUGCUCGGACUGCGGAUCAAGAAGGAGAGUCCCGACAGCGCGCCGAGACCGAGCAAGAAGCCGCUGGGAGAGUUCAUCUGCCAGCUCUGUAAGGAGGAGUACCCGGACCCGUUCUCUCUUGCGCAACACCGGUGCUCGCGCAUCGUCCGGGUGGAGUACCGUUGCCCCGAGUGCGACAAGGUGUUCAGCUGUCCCGCUAACUUGGCCUCACACCGCCGAUGGCACAAACCGCGCGACACUCAGGACACCAGAAAGUCUCAGGUGCAUGAGAAGGCGUCGGUGGAAGGUAAGGAGAACGCGACCGACAUGCGAGUGAAGCAGCAGCAGCAUCAGCAGCAGCAUCAGCAGCAGCAGCAGCAGCAUCAGCAGCAGCAUCAGCAGCAUCAUCCUCAUCCUCAGCUUCAGCAGCAGCAGCAGCAGCAUCAGCUUCUGUUUUUCUCCACCGAGGGCGCGCAGAGCUCCGUGCCUACCGCGGACACGCACUGCGGCGCCGCGGAGAGACGCUUUGACGACGUGUCGAGGAUGUUUGAGCGCCGCCGCGACGACACAGACCCCCUCGCGCCCGGGUUUCUGUGCGCGCGGGCGGGAGGAGAGAGAGGAAGAGAGGAGGAAGAGGAAGAGUACGCGUGCCACUACUGCGCCAAAAAGUUCCGGAGGCACGCAUACUUGCGGAAGCACCUGGCCGCCCACCAGAGCGUGCACGCGGCGUCGUACAAGCACGCGGAGAGCGCGCCGAUCCCGUUCACGUGCCACCUGUGCGGCGCGCGCUUUCCCACGGCGGAGGUGCGCGAGAAGCACCGACUCUGGCACGCGCUCGCGGGACCCGUACCGGGCAAGACGGCAGGCGCGCUGAUAAGAGCGGACCUCAUGCUGCCUCCGAAACCGAGCCGGAUCUGGGAGGUUCCGACCUGAAGGGUUUUCAUCACGAGGACAGUUUGCACUGAGAGUUUACGGAAAUGCACGCGGAUUAAACAUUAACGCGUGUAAAAUAAAAGUAUUUCCAUGACCCGGGUAUGAAGCAGGAGCAGAAAAUAACAAAUCACAUUCCAUUUAUAAUAAUAAUAAUAAUAAUAAUAAUAAUAAUAAUAAUACCAACAAAACUCAUCAUCAUCAUAAGGAUAACUGAUACAGAGCAGUAUUUAAUUACAGUCCUGACGUCACUAAUCAAUCAGAUUAAAAGGUAACAUUUCAGUCCAGUGUCUCCGGUACUGAACAGAACCUCUCGAGUACACACCUGCAGUAGCUUCACAGAGGAAUAAAAGAAGCUUGUUUAUAAAUAAUUUAAGGACAUUAUUUGAUUUCUGGAGGUUUCCAGAUGAAAAAUAGGAUAAAAAGCACAUUGUUUAACCAGAUGUGAGUUUCGGCUCAGCGAUAAGUUCUGCUCAGUACCUUUUCU